CAUUGCCGCCCACUCCACCCACUGACGAAUGCCUGCCAUUGGUCAAGGAGCUCGAACCCGAUUGCCUAAUUAUUCCGUAGCCGAGCAGCCUGGGCGACUAUAUAAAAGAGCUCCAGAGCCUGUGCAUCGAGUUCAUUCGAUAAACGCGACUUGCAAAGGACAAAACUUUCUGUUAUUCCUCAAAAGAAUUUGUGAAAUUCAAGUUUCAAUUCAAUUUGUUAAAGACAGCAUGUGGCUAUUGAUGCUAACUACGUGUUUGGGUCUGGUGCUGUUCGAAAUCGGAUUUGGUUUGCACUUGGCCGGCAAGCGGAGCGACAUCGAGUCGUGGGAGGGCAUCGAACGGGCUGUGGACGGCAUCAGUCACCAGGCGAGGUCGAGCAAUGGCAACUUCAAUGGCCACUCGAAUGACAGCAUCGAUAUCAAGGUGUUCGAGCGCAUCCGGGAGACCAAAAAUCAAGCGGGCUCACUCAACGAGAGAGACCUCAGCCGAAUGCGUGUCUAUAAUGUGGGCGUUUUAAUGGCCUCCCAUUUGGACUCGCCCUUUGACCUGGAACGUUGCGGACCUGCCGUGGACCUGGCGCUGGAUCAGAUUAACAAGCGCUUCCUCAGUCCGCACAACAUUCGCCUGGUCAAGAAGAAGGCUAGCUAUCCGUCUUGCUCGGGCGCCAAGGCACCGGGACUGGCAGCCGAUAUGCAUUUCAAGGACGAUGUCAUUGCGUUCAUAGGACCUGCAUGCGCCUUUGCUCUGGAGCCGGUUGCUCGCUUGGCCGCCUACUGGAAUACGCCCAUUAUCACGGGCAUGGGCGAUCAGCCACCGUCAUCAGAGGGCGAGCUCACCGUCACCUCCGGCAUGCUGGGCAGAAUACACAAGUGGAAGAACGAGAGCACGGGCAUGUUCAAAGACAAGUCAAAGUACCCCACUCUGACCCGAAUGUCCUACUGUCAGUGCCGCCUGAAGCUGGUCUUUGCCAGCGUCUUUCGGCAGUUCAACUGGAAGCAUGUGGCGCUGCUGGUGGAUCGAUCGGAGCUAUUCUCCCUGACGGUGGGCAAGAAUCUGGAGUACGGGCUGCGACAGGAGGGACUCCUGAGCUUUGUGCGCGAGCUGAAUGGCAAUGAGGAGGAGAUAUACGAGAACUAUCUCAGGGAUGCCAGCAUGUAUGCGCGAGUGGUCAUAUUGUCUGUUCGCGGCGUCCUCGUGCGGAAAUUCAUGUUGGCCGCCCACAGCCUGGGCAUGACGAAUGGGGAGUGGGUGUUCCUGGACGUGGAGAUAUUUCAGAGUGCCUACUGGGGCGACAAGGACUGGGAGCUGGGCGACGAGAAUGAUAUGAAAGCACGAAAGGCAUACGAGGCGCUGCUGCGCGUCUCCCUGCUGCAGCCGACCAGUCCCACCUUCCAGGACUUUGCGGACAAUGUGCGCGAGAACGCGCUCACCGAGUACAAUUACACCUUUGGCGAGGGCGAGGAGGUGAACUUCUUCAUUGGGGCAUUCUACGAUGGCGUCUACCUGCUCGGCAUGGCCCUCAAUGAGACUCUGACCGAGGGCGGCGACAUCCGAGAUGGCGUUAACAUCACGCGUCGCAUGUGGAACCGCACAUUCCACGGGAUCACCGGGCAUGUUAGGAUAGAUGACAACGGUGAUCGCGAUGCUGACUAUUCCAUUCUGGAUCUCGAUCCCAUCAAUGGCAAAUUCUCUGUGGUGGCGCAUUAUUACGGUCUUCAUAGAAAAUAUGCAGCGGCUCAUGGUAAGAAGAUCCAUUGGCCCGGUGGUCGAGAGGAGCCGCCACCGGAUAUUCCGCCCUGUGGCUUUUUGGGCAACGCUCCAGAUUGUCAUGGCAACGAGACCACAAUCAUGUACUCCGCAUUCGGACUGGCUUUGUUUUUGGGCCUUGUGCUUCUGGUUAUUUGCUUGCUGCAAAAGCAAAUGAAGCUCAGCAAGGAGCUGCACAAUAUGUCGUGGCGCGUGCGACCGGAGGAUGUGCUCAUCGAGAUGGGUGGCAUGUUUGGCUCCAAGGGCGGGCUGCAGCGGCUGGACGUGGAGAAUAUAUCGUUGCAGCAGUUCGGCAUCCACUCGGGCCGUGCGUCGAUUGCCAGCUUCGCGUCGCUGCCGCCGCAGGUCUACACGACGAUUGGACAGUUCAAGGGCGAGCGCGUGGCCAUCAAGAAGGUGAACGUGAAGAAGGUGGAGGUGACCUCGACGCUGCUCUGGGAGAUCAAGCAGGCGCGAGAUGUGAGCCACGAAAACACGGUGCGCUUUGUGGGCGCCUGCAUCGAUUUGCCCAGGCCAACGGUGCUCAUCCUGACGGAGUACUGCUCGCGCGGCAGCCUGAAGGACGUGCUGGAGAACGAGGCCAUCGAGCUGGACUGGAACUUUCGCAUGUCUCUGAUCCACGACAUCGUCAAGGGCAUGAGCUAUCUGCAUAACUGCGAUGUGGUUGCUCACGGCAAGCUGCGCUCCUGCAAUUGCCUGAUCGACGGACGCUUCGUCCUCAAGAUCUCCGACUUUGGCCUGAGCACACUGACCACGCCCUCCGACUUUGUGCGGGAUCAGAACUAUUAUACCAAGCUGCUGUGGAUAGCCCCGGAGCUGCUGCCCAUGACCUCGAUACCCGGCUGCCCGGCCACCCAGCGUGGCGAUGUUUACUCCUUCGGCAUCAUUCUCGAGGAGAUCGUCAAUCGGGGCGGACCCUACCAGGAGGCGCGCCAACAGGGCAUGGACGUGCACACCAUUCUGCACAAGGUGCGGCAGUGCGAGUAUCCGCCUUUCAGGCCACUCAUACGGGAGCGGGAGUGCCCGCCGGAUUUGCUGGUGCUGAUGGAGAAGUGCUGGGCCGACAACCAGGAGGAGCGGCCAGCGUUCUCUACGAUCCGAAGCAACAUACGCACGAUUAUGAAAGGAUUCUGUGAGAAUCUAAUGGACGAUUUGCUGAAUCGCAUGGAGCACUAUGCCAACAAUUUGGAAAGCCUUGUGGAGGAGAAAACACGCCAGCUGAGCCUGGAGAAACAACGCACCGAGGAGCUCCUCUACCAGAUCCUGCCACGCCCUGUCGCCCAGCAGCUAAUGGCUGGCGAUCUGGUGGAGCCCGAGGAGUUUAGCAGCGUCACCAUCUACUUCAGCGACAUCGUGGGCUUCACCGAGCUCUGCGCACGCAGCACACCCAUGGACGUGGUCAACUUUCUCAACGAUCUCUAUAGCACAUUCGACCGCAUCAUUGGCUUCUAUGAUGUCUACAAGGUGGAAACAAUUGGCGAUGCUUACCUGGUGGUCUCUGGGCUCCCGGAGCCCAAUGGCGAUAAGCAUGCUCGAGAGAUUGCGCUGAUGGCCCUGGACAUACUUCAGGCUGUCUGCUCGUUCAAUCUGAGGCACAAGCCGGACUACAAGAUACAGAUUCGCAUCGGCAUGCACUCGGGCUCUGUCUGCGCCGGCGUCGUGGGCAAGAAGAUGCCACACUACUGUCUCUUUGGAGAUACUGUGAAUACCGCUUCACGUCUGGAGACGACGGGCAUGCCUGGCAAAAUUCAUGUUUCGUCGGCCACAAAAGCCAUCCUGGAUAAAUUUGGCACCUUUCAGCUGGAGCAUCGCGGCGAUGUGGAGCUCAAAGGCAAGGGAACUGUCACCACCUAUUGGCUAAAUAGCACCACCGAGGCGGAUGCACGUGCACCCACUCCGCCUCUGCUGAACAACGACGAGGUGCCUUUCCCCUUGCUAUUUGCCGGAAUGGGGAAGUGAGCCAGCGCCGAGUGUUCCUUGCCCAUCAGCUCAAGUACAAAUCCAGCUUAGUUAAUUUUGUCUAAAAAGUUGCUCUAAUGUGUUGCUUAUUCAUGUUGAUAUUCUAUGAAUUAUUUGAUGUGAGUCUAUUGGUUUCGGCCCGUCAUCUCUGGUUUGGUCUGUCAGACCUUACAAAAUUGGUGUCAAUAUUCAUAUAUUUAUAGUAUAUAUUAUAAAUCUUGAUUAUAGUCAAUUUGUACUCGUAGUUAGCCAAUUUUAGAGCAUAGUGUUGCCGGUUACAAUCGAUUUAUAAUUGCAUCCAUGUGCUUUACAUCUAUAAAUACCUGACACAGAAUUGAAUUCAAUGCAUUCAUAAAUUAAAGGCGCUGUGAUAGUUAUAUGAAAUCUAGCGCACAACUUUAAGAAGAAAUCACAUGCAUAUAUAUCAAAAUAUAUAUUAAAUGAUAUAUUAAAAUUUAAUAGGUAUUUAUUAUAAUAGUAGUAUCAACGAGCUCAAAAAGUUUAUAACUCAAAAAUUUUUUAGUAAAUUGUUUAUACAUAUUAUUGUACUAUAUAUUAUUCACUCUGAUGUGACUAUAUACUACUUACAUCUGGAGAUAUUGACUCAUGUAUAUCGAAAUCUAAUGAAAUUUUAAGAACUUAACACGUAAUUAAAAAGCGUGUGAAAGCAUUUGGAAGUAAAACACCCAAGAACUGUAGCUGUUUAACUUCUACAGUUGAUAUAUGAAAGAAAUUUUGGGUUUCUUCAAUACAUUCAAUUUGUAUUUAGACUACGAACAAGUAUUAUGUAAUCAGUUGCUUUCGACUAGUUAUUUAUUGACUCAGCUGCAAGUUAGCUUUGUCAUUAGUUUCGAUCAUUCCUGCUUAAGUGUACUUAACUGUUGUAAUAUUGUCUGAAUAGAGUUAGUAAGUUAUUUAAACAAAAGCUUUUGCUGGCUUUAAGUGAAUAUUGUGAAUUAAAUGUUGAAUAUUUGUACAUUCGAGAUAUCAAAUCUUGAAAAAAAUUAAAUUAUUAAUUUGUAUGCUCCUCAAUAUAUACUGUUCCUAAUUAUGUUUGUUGUAAUCAAAUAAUUAUUCGAAAUAAUUAUUUCCACAUAUUUCUGAUGAUUUUCCAAGGCAUAUAACUUCAUAAAUCAAAUAUUAUAUAGUUAUAUUGAUAUGUGUUUGUAUGCAAGAUGUAUAUGUGUAUAUGCAUAAAAAUUAUUUGUCUAUUUAUAAGAUGGUAGUCAAAAACUUGGUAGUCUACAAAUAAAAUGUAUAUGUAUAAAUAAAUAAUAUAUUAUUUUGUAUAUUCACGCUGACGUCUACAAUUUUUCAGCAUAUAUAUAUGUACGAGUAU